CUCUUCGUUACUCACGGAGGUCUUGGAAGUACAACUGAAGUCGCUUAUCUCGGAAAACCUGCAGUGUUUAUUCCGUUGUUCGCUGAUCAAGUGAGAAAUUCCAUUAUGUUAUCAAGAUACAAUGGAUCAGUUUUGUUAUCCAAGCAGGACUUGAAGAACAAGUUGAUUCUCAAAGAGACUUUGGAAAAAGUACUUUAUGAUAGAAAAUAUUCUAUAAACGCCCAGAAGCUUUCGGAGAUUUUGGUCAAUAGCCCUAACGAUCCAAAAGAAGUAUUCUUGAAACAUGUUGAGUUUGCUGGAAAAACUGGAAGAAUUCCAAACUUGGACUCAUAUGCUCGUCGUAUGAGUUUCAUACAGUUUUUCAAUAUUGAUGUUCUAGUGUCAGUAGUUCUAGCUAUUACACUUUCUCUAGCAAUAAUUUAUUAUAUAAUUAAGAAAUUGAUAAGUAAGUUAAGAAAUGUGAAAUCAAAGCUAGAUUGA